AAUUUAACUGUUGAAAUCCGUUCACAGACAACAUUACGUAUACGUUUUUUUUAUUGAUGCUGUAAAUAAACAUACUCCCGCCAAAACGCAUUGAUCUUUUUUCACAAUUAGAUUAUAUUCGAAAAAUAUCUUCAAAUAAAUGGCUUCUACAUCAUUAUCCUCGCAACGAAUUAACGAUUUACAAGCCGAUCAAGAUGAUCAGGUUCUAUUUAAUGAAGUUGUGGCCACUUUAAACGAUCUCGGUCAUUAUAAUCGUUUGACCAACAAAUAUCAAUUGAAUCUUAGUGAUCAUGGCGUUUGUCUUCGAGAUCUUAUCCGUUUUCUACGAAACGAUGGACAAAAUUUUCUUGUACGACGUCAGAUGGGCAUCUCAAAUAUCGUCGACAAUGAUCUUUUACCGAUUAUUGAGCAACAUGCUCUCACCGAUGAUCGUCGGAUCGAUGAAUCGGGAAAAUCAUUAAUGGACAAAAUAAUUCGUUUGUUGGUCGAUUUAACAAAUCCCACUGUUUUGCAUUAUCCAGAUCAAAAAAUUCCUAAAGAUGAUAAAUAUGAAAUUAAUAUCUAUAUGGAAUUGCAAGCUUUUUUAUUUCAAUAUAAACUUGCAUUCUCUUCCCGAAAACGUUUUUGGAUUGUAAUAUCGAAAUUUUUGACCAGAAUUUUAGAAUUAGAUUCUGAUAAUCGUCAAGUAGAAGAUGAAAUGAUGAUGGAACGUAUUAUAAUAUUGGUUCGUAAUGUUCUACAUAUACCGAUUAUAUCUCGCAACAGCCAAGUCGAUGAUUUGAAUGUCCAUGAUCAUAUUGUCGAACAUAUAAGUAAUUGUGGCAUGUUAGACAUAUUGCAGUACAUGAUUAAUAGCGGAGAAUAUGGACAAUAUUGUUUUCAUUUAUUGGAAAUAAUUUUUUUAAUUUUUCGCGAGCAAAACGCUGAAUUUUUGACCAAAAGUGUUGGAAGUGAUCGACAAAAUGAACAUCAACAAAAUUCAAACUCAUUUUCCAAUGCUUCCCGUAGUCAAUACGAACGUGAGAUCGAUAAUCGUGAAUUUGAGGACGCACGUAUUAGAGAUCGAAAAGAACAUGAACAAAUGAUGGCCAAAUUUAAAAGUGAUGAUUUUACACGCUUUAAAGAAGCUGCUUUCGUUGUGAAAAACAUGAAAGCCAUAUCCGACCGUGACAUGAUAUGCUAUCGUGCCUAUUCGAAUCCAGAAAAAGCUAUGGAUUUCAACAAGAAUAAAAUUGCUCAACGUCGUCCCCGUAAUCGUAGACCAAUGAAUGAAUCGGUGGGAAAUAGUGAUUCAUUUGGGGCGCAACGUAUUCACCGUUCUAGUAAACAACUUCGAUCCAUAUUAUAUGAUUUUUGCUCGAAAUUUUUGGCUGAAUCUUAUAAUAAAUUUAUGUCAGAAAUUCGUUCAAAUCUAAGUCGCGGUGCCUCACAGGAACAUGAUGAAACUUAUUUCUUUUGGGCCUGUCAAUUUUUUAUGGAAUUUAAUCGAUAUCGGACGGACAUUGAUCGUGAACAAAGAUAUCAACAGGUGUAUGACACAUUAUCAACUAGUAUGUUUCAUUAUAUUCAAACCGUUGUUGAUGAUUAUAUGGAUCACUUGCUUCAAAAGAAAGAAUUCAAAAAUGAACUCAGUGAUUGGUCUAAACGUUUACAUCAAGCAUUACGAUCGUAUAGAGAAUUGCUUUUUUCGUUAUCUUGUAUCGAAUCAUUGAACCUUCCUGCAGCAAGCAAAAUGUGUUACAGAAUCAAGACAGAUAUUUUCACUGAGCCUGAAUAUCGAGAAAUGUUACUACGAUUAAUGCAAGCUUAUAAUGAGGAGAAAAUGUCCAAAGCAUACCUGCGUGAUCUAAUCGAAACAAAUCAUUUGUUUUUAAAAAUGUUGGAAUAUCAUGCUAAAAUAAGUCUGGAUUUUAAAGUUAAGGUUAAAAAACGCAAAUCAUCAAAACGCAAGAAAAAGUCUGCGAUUAAUGAAAAUCCCGUUGAAAAUGAUAAUAAAAAGGAAGAAAAUGACUAUUCGUCACCCGAUAUAAUCUGGAUUGAAAUCAUAGAUGAUGUGAGCGAAACAUUAAAUUCUGAACUUAAUGCCGAGACUAUAUUGGAUGAAGAAUUAUUAAAAAAACUAUUUGAUCCACUUUCCGAUCAAUCACUGGAUGAACAAAAAUUAUCGAUCCUUAGAAUGAUUCAAAAAUUUUUACGUGAGAAAGAGGUAAAAAAAGCUGUCAGUCUAUAUCGCGAAGCUCGUAAUGCUUUGUCCGGUGUGGAUGAAGAGAAUGUUUUCGGUGAAAUCGGUAUUCAAAUAGAUGAUGAAAUGCUGGCUUUAAAUGGAAUUUUGAUGGCCGAACUUCCCAUGGAAAAGCGAAAAGAAAAAUCCAAACCAGAAAAUGAUGAUGAUGAACCACUGAGUGAUGAAGCUGAGGAUUCUGUUGUAUUACAGGAAAAAAAAUUUUCUAUUGAUGAAACAUUGAUGCGAUAUGCUCAUCCAAAUGUUGUUCGAGCUUGUCGAAUAUUAUUGAAAAAUUAUCGCACAAACUCUCCUAAUACCAAUCACGCAAUCGUCCGAAUGUUGUACCGUUUGUCGGUUAAUCUCAAAAUGAAGCCAAUGUUUUAUAAUCUAAGUUUUUUUCUAAUAUUCGAACAAAUCAUGGAUGAUCCAUCGUUGAAAAAUGUUACCGAUAAAAAUUGUCCCCAUUACAAAUCUAUCUGUGAAUUGGUUUCAUUUUCUUAUUAUGUAAUCCGAAGUUUUUUUAAACUUUUAUCCAAACAUCCGAAAAUUGCCAGUGAGAUUUGUUUUCCAGUUAAUAGUCGUGAAGCUUACCGAAUGGAAUAUGGUUUCGAUGAAGAAAUUGUCGGUCAAACGAUUAGCAAAAAGAAAGGUAAAAGCCGAAGCGAUGAUGACUCUAACAUAAUUCUUAAUGAUAAAUCAUCGGAUGAGUUGGACGGAAAUGACAGAUCAUCCGUUGAGUUGGACAGAAAUGAUAAAUCAUUGUUUGAGUUGGACGGAAAUAAUGGAUCACCGAUUGAGUUGGACGGAAAUGAUGGAUCACCGAUUGAGCUGAACGGAAAUGAUGGUUUAUCGGUUGAGUUGGAAGGAAAUGAUAGAUCAUCUGUUGAGUUGGACGAAAAUGAUCAAUCAGCACUGGCUACAAAUAGUUUAUUCAAACGGAAAUUUAUUGAAUCCGAUGAUGAAAGUGGAAACGAAUUUGCCGAUUCUGAAUCGGUUAAAGUUACGAAAAAGAAUCGUAGAAUGAUCAUCCUAGAUGAUGAUGAUGAUGAUGAUGAAUGAAUAAAACGUUUUGCUAACUAUUUUUUAUGAUAAAUUCAUUUUAAUAAAUAAACUAAAACUGC